AUGGCAACUCCUAAAGUAAACGAUGUCGAAAAAAAGACUUUUGAAUCCAAAAAUAAUGAAGAUCCAAUUCCAGCAACAAUCAAUGAGAACGAUCCUAGAGCGUCAGGAGCACAAUCAAUUACACCUGCUAAUUUGUCCAACAAUGAUUUUGAAAAUGCGUCGUCAGUGAUAAAAUAUCUUGGUGAAGAUGAAAUACCCGACGAAUGUCCGUUGAAAAAUAACAAUGAACUAUACUGUUAUGAUCGAGAAACGGCCAAAACUUUGAUGUAUUUAAUAGACAGUAGAGAUCGCCAAAAGGUGUUAACGUGGAUAAGAAAACUAGACGGGAUGAACGACGACGAAGGUAUAUUGGAACGUGUGCAUUACAUAAGGUACCUGGUGUCCACACUGAGUGGAACAUUAGGAUUGGUAGAACCAUUCACGUCUAUGCCCCCAAAAAACGUAAAACCUCUGCAACUUGUUUUACCACCAACUGUUUACGCCGAUCUAUUGAAAGACCAACCUGAGCCUUGUUUAAGGAAAAAAAUAUAUGCUCAUAAAAUGCCAAAUUCCAAUAGUCGAUUUCUACAAGACAAAAAGUUUUAUGAACAACAAUUAUUUCCACCAGAAGGCAUUAUAUGCUAUGCGGCUGCUUUUAGCGUCAUAUGA